AUGGACAAUACCACGUCGCCUAUCAACAUCUCCUCGUCUCGCCAGACGUCUCUUUCGCCAGCUCAGCAGUCUUCCAAUCUCACCUCGGCGUUGCAGAGAGCGUCGGCCGUAGAUCGUCCUGAUCUUAUCCCUGCGUGGAACGGCGCCAGUCCAACCGCGUUCAAAUCAAAUGGUGCGCGAAAAGACUCGUUUAGUGCGACCAUGGCACAGUAUUCGAACGGCAGUAAGCCGAUCACGGUUGCUGGCUCCAAUAGAGACAAACCGCGCCGGGAGAGCCUUGCAGGCAGUCUGGUCGGGGGGAUGAGUUGGGGUGGCGUAUCCGUUGGAAGUUGGAUUAGAGACGACAUUAUCAUGACAGGAACCUCACCGUUUACGCUACAGUCGCCCUCGUACCACUCUUCCUCGUAUCUCCCCAAACUGGAAGCCAACUUUAUGCGCGACUUUUCGUGCUGUGGUAUCACUCUUCCUACGCUCCAUGAUCUGCUCCAACACUAUGAAGAGGCCCACGCUCAAAAAUCGCCCCCUGUGCCGCAGAGGACGCAGUCUGGUCAACCCAUUCCGGAUAACAGACCUGGUGGGAAUCAGAUUCAGGCAAGCCAACAACAUGGUGCGAACAAAGGCUUUGUUGCUCCCCAUCCCGUAAAUAACCAGCGGCCAUCGAAUCAAAUCCCGAGUCCGGCUCAGCAACGGGUUCAACCACAAACCGGGUUCAAUGCGUCGCGGGUCAUGGAUCUCCCUGAUUUGGAUACCGUUGAUGAUAUGGAAAUGGAUGACCCCUUAUCGGAUACUAGCUUUCAACAGCCUCAACAGCAGGCGUUCUUACAAACUCGUUUUGGUCAGGGGAAUGGAGGGAGUCGCGUAUCGCCUCUCAAUCUGGGAAUGCUGCAAAAUCAGGGAUUCAGGAGCUCUCAGCCUGGUACGCCGUCUUCUCCCGGAAGGCCAUUGCAAAACAAUCCGACUGUUUCCUCCGUGAACACCCCCACUCUCCUACCUCACUCACUGCAACAACAGCAAGUUUCUCAGUAUCGAAACACCCCUGAGUCUUCAGCGCCUGGGACACCGGCUGAGCUCGACGAGUCAAUUGUCGGUGGACUGGGUGAUAUGUCUAUGCAAGGUACACCUCUUGCCGGAAGUCAGGCCCAAUUCCCCGGAUACGGUGGGCAAAACGAUAUGUUGGACCUAUGUAUUGAUGAACCGGCCAAAAGACUGUUUCGACAAGGUGGCGGUUUCAAGACGCAACCGAAUGCGCAAUUCCGAUUGGGAGGCGCGCAAUAUGGACCGAAUAGUGAAAUUGCUCAACGAAUCCGGGAGCAGCAGAGGCUUGCGGGCGUCCCCGAUCCGACAUUCCUUCGACCCGACGAGGAGCCUAAACCGUAUAGAUGCCCGGUCAUUGGUUGCGAGAAGGCUUACAAAAACCAAAACGGCCUUAAAUAUCAUAAAUCGCAUGGUCAUAAUAACCAACAACUCCACGACAACGCUGACGGAACCUUCUCGAUCGUCAACCCCGAAACUUCCGCUCCAUACCCAGGUACCCUUGGCAUGGAGAAAGAGAAGCCUUACCGCUGCGAAGUUUGUGGAAAGCGAUACAAGAAUCUUAACGGCCUCAAAUACCACAAAGCCCAUUCACCGCCCUGCAACCCUGAACUGUCGUUCAUGGCUGGUAGGACAAUGAACACUGGUGGAGUCAUGCAAGGCGAAAACGUCAACGUCGCAGGAGCCGGCCUUCCCGGAAUUGGAGAAUAG